AUGAGAAAGAUGAGAAAAUGUCUGACGUUGGCACGAAAGCUUUAUUGUGGAGAGGGUUAUUUGAGGACUUUAAUUAUUUUGACUCCUGGAAGCAAUUUGUUGAGGACAUUUCUGAGUAGCUCAUGUGGAGAUGAUUUCAUAGCUCGUGGACGUUUGUGGUUUCAAACUUUCAAUGAAGACAAUGAUUUACACAGGAACUGCAUAAAUAUUUUAUUAAAUCCUGUAUUUUUGAGAUUUUUGUGGAUUUACUUGCGAGAUAUAGUUGCUUGUGGUUGGAUUAAAAGUGAAUUUCAUAUUAGUCCAUGGAUUAAAAUUAAAAUUACAAUACAUCAUAGGAUUAAAAGGAAGAUUUAA